CCCGUUGUAAAUGCGUGUGCGUAAAGUCCGUCAGGCCUGGAAAGAUGGCGGCGUGCGCGUUACGCCGAGGUUUAUUGAGCACUGUCAGUAAAUACAACAAGAAACCCACACAGAGAUUACUGAGUGUCCUUGACAGCAGCAGCGUGUUCGAGGUGAACAGACCGCGGUUACAAUGCCGAGCUUGUGGACUAGCCAGCGGUGUUCAGCAGCGGAGGUUCAUGUCGUCACGGAACAGGCCUGAGGGGAAGAUUUUGGAGACAGUUGGAGUGUUUGAGGCUGUGAAGCAGCAUGGCAAAUAUGAAACAGGACAGCUUUUUCUCCACAGUGUGUUUGGCUAUAGAGGCAUCGUCUUGUUUCCCUGGCACGCUCGACUGUAUGACAGAGACAUCACCCCUCCCAUGUCUGACAGCAAACCUGAGCCCCCAGGAGCCCACGGUUCCAAGGAGGUGAAGGGGAAGACCCACACCUACUACCAAGUCCUGAUUGACACCAGGGACUGCCCUCACAUAUCUCAGAGGUCCCAAACGGAGGCAGUGACGUUUCUGGCCAACCAUGACGACAGCAGAGCGCUGUACGCCAUCCCAGGUCUGGAUUAUGUGAGCCAUGAAGACAUCCUGCCCUAUAACUCGACAGAGCAGGCACCCAUCCAGCACGAGCUGUUUGAGCGCUUCCUCAUGUACAACCCUGCUAAAUCUCCUCCAUUCACACCCAGAGAUACUCUGAAGGCAUGGCAGGAGAAGAACCACCCCUGGCUGGAGCUGUCAGACGUCCACAGAGAGACCACUGAGAACAUCCGCGUCACCGUUAUCCCCUUCUACAUGGGCAUGAGGGAGGCCCAGAACUCCCAUGUUUACUGGUGGCGAUACUGUAUCCGUCUGGAGAACAUGGGCAGCGAGGUGGUUCAACUGAGAGAGAGACACUGGAGGAUCUUCAGCCUGUCAGGAACCCUGGAGACAGUCCGAGGACGAGGAGUUGUCGGCAGGGAGCCAGUGUUGUCAAAAGAACAGCCAGCCUUUCAGUACAGCAGCCAUGUGUCUCUACAAGCCCCCAGUGGUCAUAUGUGGGGGACGUUCCGUAUUGAAAGGACUGACGGCUCCCACUUCGAUGUCCGCAUUCCUCCUUUCUCCCUGGAGAGCAACAAAGACGACAAAGCACCCCCCGCUGGCUACACAUUCUAACUGCGAGUAGUCCCACCUGUGCUGUCCUGAUCACACCGUCAAGUCCUGGUCCUGUCUGGGUGUCUAGAAUUGUCCUCCCCCUGUAACACUGACUUAGCCUUCAGCAUAAGAUUUAAGAAGUUAUGCAAAGGGAAAAUAUUACAUUUUUGAGAUCAUCCAAUAUAGGCCCCUUUUCCAUUUUCCUGCCAGAGUGCACUCAACAGCAGCAUGUCUAUGAUUAAAUCAUUUGGGUAGAAACUGAUCGGCUGUCCUGUGCAUCUUCACUCCAUGGUGUACUUACAGAGGCAUGUGCGUUCUAGUGGAAGUGCACUGGAAGGAAAUUGGUAGGCGAGUCAAUGUUGCCUAGCUGAGCUGGACUUGUUGUGCAUCCAGUAGGUUGAAAUGUUGUUUAGGUUGUUUUAUAGUGUGAGUUUCCCUGCAGAGAACUUCAUACUUGGGCCUCAGUUGGAUACUUCCAUCUGCUAGUAAGCCAUCACUUCUACUACAUGUUACAAAUGCAUCCUUCCUUGAUUAUAGUCUUGUUUGAAUUAAUGAAAACAUGACACAUGACUUUUAUCCUGGAACUUAUUUUACUGUCAUGUUUUUUUUUUCUUAUUCUUAUGCUACCUAUGUCACACUUGUGGGGGAGAGGGGAAUCAGACUGACUUCUAGGCUGGUUGAAGUACAGUAAUAGUGCAGUAUUUAUGUUUUAUUGUUUUACAACAUUGAAGAUCAGUGGAUGGCAUUAGGGUCCUUUGAAACCCAACUGAAAAGAAAGACUCUUUAAUGUGAAAACGAAAUCUCUAAAAGUGAGGAACAGUGAUUUUUAUAUUUAGCUCCUUCGUGUCCUUAUUUAUUAGUUGCUCUUUGGCUGCAUUUAUAGCCUUCUACAGUAUUUCUGAGGAGGUCUCCAUCAGCUUUGUACAUCUGGACCCUAGAAAUUCAUUCAUUCAUUUUAGUGUAAAACCGCUCCACCUAUCAGGGUGCAGUUUUCCUGCUAACCUAUCCACUUCCUGCUACAGACAGGUGUCCCCAUAGCAUGAUGCUGCCACCACCAGGCUUCAAGCCAAGACCACAUAAUUUAGCAUGAUGUAGGGAUGUAUGGUGGGUGUUUGUUUUGUCUUCCUGAUGCCAUUAACACCAGGAUAGGCAGAAAGCAGCUGUCGAGCCCUCUAGAUACAGACGUAUUCCACCCUGAAAAAGUUGUUACUCCUUGCCUAAAAACUGAUCUCUAUUCAAGUGAUAGUGCUGCUUAUAAAAACUGUUAAAACUGCCCCAGUUAUAUUUUAGGUGUGACAUUUUGAAGGGAGUGAACACUUAUACCAUUAUUUUGUAUAAUUUAUAAAAUGUAUACUUAAUAAAAGUUUUGAUGAGAUCUGGUUCCUCUCUUUGUGAAAAA